AUGUGGCACCAGUGGCUGUUUCAGAAUGAGGGGUGGCAGCGCGUGGUGGCAAAGACCAAGCGGUCGCGCGCGUCCUUCUACACGACCGCGAUGCUGUGGAUGGGCCUCCCCGUCGCAGGUGCCAUGGCGAUGAUGCUGUACACCAACCCGGAGGUGUUCGUGGACGGCCAGGGCGACUCUACGCAGGACAAGUGGGCCAUGGAGAAGCAGCGGCGCAUCCAGAAGACCAUCGACGACACCCCAGGAUACGGAAACCGCUCGAUGUGGAACCAGGUGCAGCGAGACCGCCUCCAGGCUCUGCUGGACGACCUGAAAGACCCGGACUCGGAGUCGAGCAAGCAGCGGUACGUAGAGGCGAUCUCGGGCCGCAUCGACGAGCCGGAGAGCAUCAAGGCCCGCACCAUCGUGCGGCGAUGA